CUAGCAUCCAGCACUCAAAUCUCACACAAUUCACAAGCACUUCAGGACACAUACACUACACGAAACCAACAAGCAUCACCAUGGCUCACUGCCACGAGGUGGACUGCUGCUCAGAGGAGGUGAGGUCAGUGGCCAGCCCGGCCGGCUUCGGCCGCCACGGCGGAGUCCAGCAGCACGUCGUCAGGGAAACGUUCGAGGAGGUUGACAAGGUUUCGCGCACCGGCGGCAUGGGCCACCACCACCACGGCCACCACGGCCAUGGCUCCAUCGAGGUGCGCGAGACCGUCCAGGAGGACUUCAACACGUGCACUGGCGAGUACCACGAGCGCAAGGAGACCGUCGUCGUCAGGGCUGACUGAUCAGCUGCAUGCGGGCUCGAUCGUAAUCGUUCGCGCGUGCGUUCCAUAUGUAUGUAUAAGUUUGUGUGCAAGGUCACACCGUAUCGUAUCCGUAUGUAUAUGUGUGUGUACUUGGCUGGCGUGCAUGCACGCAGCUUCUGUACCAACUACCAAAAUAAGCUCGUGACCUGAAUAAAGCUUCUCCAUGGAUCUA